AACUGGAGGAAUAUUGUUUGGUUUGGUUCUGUGAGCCAUGUGCACGCGUGUCGUCGCCGCUUUUCGUUGACGAUACCACAGAAUACUCAACACUUCGAAAGAUGAGCAAUUUUCACAAGUUACUGAGGUUCCUGAGGACCCCACCCUGCAUCUGCAGUGUUCGACCGAUCACUAAAGCGAGCAAUGCCGUCUCAUUGCCGAGUGAUCUCAGCGAGGCCCUCGAUACGUCCGAGAUGAAACACAAGAAUCAUCCUGGAGCGAGAAAACGGAAGCAAGUCAAACUGCCAGAGAAACUGCUAGAUGCGGCUAAUACCGUUCUUGAAACACAAAACAUGACCCACCUUCGCGAGGCAGGAGUGGUGAUCCGAAACCAGCUGUGGUCACGACACCUGCCCAUUGAGGACGAUGAACUCAGAGCUCGGGCUAUGAAUAUCGAGAAGGACCUCUGUGGAUACACUCUUGAAAGAAUGAGCCCAGAGGAGAGGGAUUACGUUGAAGAAGAUAUAAAGGAAAGAGUAUUUGAGAAGCUGAAGAAACGGAUCAGGUUGUUUAAACCUAUGAGGUAUGAUGAUUUUGGAGCACGCAGCUAUCUUGUGGCGCAGCUCGCUGCGGACUACGCGGUUGUCCACGACGUCUUUCAUGAGAUUCAACACCUAAAUCCAGCAUUUGCUCCCAUUUCUAUGAUGGACUUUGGGUCAGGACUUGGUUCGUGCUUCUGGGCUGCAAGAAGUAUCUGGCCUAAAUACUUCCAGGAAUACUUCAGCAUCGACAUCUCAAAUGAAAUGCAUGGAUUGGCGAGGCUUCUCGCCACAGGUGGAAACGCCAAUGGACAGAUGAAGUUUCGGUCCUUCUUUCAGCGAGAAUUUCUUCCAGCCACUGAUAAGAUCACCUUUGACCUCGUGGUUAGCGCAUUCUCACUCAUGGAGCUACCCAAUUCUGUACAAAGACUGGAAACAGUGGCAAACCUAUGGGGCAAGACUACUGGCCUAUUGGUUCUUAUUGAAAAUGGGACGCAAGCUGGACAUAGGGCUGUUGCUGAAGCGCGUGACUUCAUAUUGAUGAUCAGCAAGGACGGUGGUCAAGAACCUGCCCAAGUGUUGGCUCCUUGUCCUCAUGACCUUGAUUGCCCAAGGGAGACACAGGCACUUGGCAUUCCCUGCACUUUUGAAGCACGCUACGAGGAACCUUUCCUUACACAGAAAAUACACCCAGCUGCUGCCAGGUAUUCUUACGUGGUGCUACAGAGGCCUGGAGAAAUUGCCAAGGCGAGAGAGUGGGCUCGUGUGAUUCGGCCAGUGCUGCGUCGUAGCCGGCAUGUGGUCUGCCGCUUCUGCUGCAAGGAUGCGCAGUUGAGGGAGUUUGUGUUCAGCAGGAAAAAGCACGGCAGGCACGUGUACCGCUUGGCACGCAGCAGUGAGUGGGGAGACCAGCUGCCCCUGGACAUACUGCCUCCUGACGAAGAAGGAACGCUGCUGUGUGGUGCCUGUGACGAAGAUGUGGACGACACGUUCGAUGAUGUAGAUAGCAAAUAAACAAUAGGAUGUGACACUGUUAUCGAU